AUGCAAGCGAGCGGGCUUCAGCUGGCGUGGUUCUCGCUCGUGCCCCGUGGCGCUGUGAUUGCGAUGGCGAUGCUUGCCUUCUUGCAGUCUGACCCUGUUGUGGGCGCGAAGUGGACUGAUAUCCAGUUCAAGGGCGCCAUUGAUUGCCUGGCAGCCAAUGGGCUGACGAUGCCAGAAGAAUUGGCCAAUCUUCAAUUCGGCGAUUUGAAGGAUGCCGAUGGCGCGACGGCGCUGACGAAGGGCGUCCUGCGGCGCGCUCUGGAUCGCGCGACGGUGGCGGCAGCCAAGGGAGAGCAUGUCGACAUCGGCGCUGGCCUGGCCCAGAUCAGCUUGAGGGACCUUCCGGAGUCCCUGUGGCCGAGGUCAGCGAAGACCGAUGCGCUGGCCACCGAGGUGCAGCGCGCGAAAUCCAGGGGAAUCGCGCGCCCGUUCAUUUAUACUGAGCUCGCGAAGUUCCAGCCGCUUUGCGCGCGCGGCGCGGGCGGCUCUCCCGACGAUGACGAGCCCGAGUCGAAAGAGGCGGCCGCGUUGGCCAGAGCGUUCGGACGGGGAACCGCGGCGGAGAGCCAGCCGCUUCUGGCGUGGACGCCAUGGCACCAAGCUUACGACGCGUGGAGCGUGGCGGCCGCGGUCACUGAUCAGAUUUCGUACACGAGCGCCAUG